CAUGUUUAAUCCACAUUGUUCAUCUCAAGUGCUAGAAGCAUUUCAACUCUGCAAGGUCAGAUAUGGAUUACCAAUGCAUGGUAGGGUAGAUCAGCCUAAUCACUGGGGCUACCCUUCUAAUGUUUCUUCUUUUAUUUGUCUGUCUUAUUCUAUUAAUAUUGGAUAAGGGUAAUAGAAGUGGGUAUGAUCAAGAAAAGGCUAUACAGCUUUUGGGAUUAGUACAUCAAAGGAAUGUGUAAGGUUGUGAGAUAUUGUUUGUGGCAUAGUCAACUAUUGCCACAAAGUGAAUAUUGGUGAGCUACAGGCUUCCUAGACAUUGAAGCUUCAUAAGUGGACAAGGAAGCAUAUCAUGGUGAAAAGUCAAAAUUCUAAAAUUAGUAUUUUGCAAUUGGUAUGGAGGAUGUAGCAGCAGGGGUCAACACUUGGUGGUAUUCAAGAGAGCUUUGGGGGUGCUGUUGGAUGUUACUUUGAGAUGAGUGCUUGAGCAUUGCAAUUAGUGCACCAGAUCAAAGCACUUAAAAGAAAACUUGGAUAGGUUAAAAGUAACAAAGAAUUGGCAUGUGAUGUAAUCUUCAAUGUUAUAGUAAGCUGAGAGAAUCUGUUACUAUCUAAGCAAGUCAGAGGAUGGUUGAUACUUCUAUCUUUUCUCAUAAAUUCAAGAAAUAAAACUCAAUUACAAUUUCUGCAUUUGUCUUUAUCUCCUACAUGUUCAUACGAAAUAUAGUUCUACAGGAUGUAAUAUGGUAACACACUAACAAUUGUGUUUGAUUUUGUGGUCCUUUUGCUGCUAGAGGAUACAAAAUUUUCAUUCACAACCAAUUUCCUUAGUCUCUAGCUUGUAUAUGCUUUGGAGAUUCUAGUCAGUUUAGUUCAAGUGUUAUACCUCAUGAUGAUCUUCAUCUAUAAGCCGAAUCAACUUUGAUCUUACUUUUUAAUUCUGUAGUGUCUGAAGCAUUCGUGAUGGAUCCAAAGGCAGAUUCCGCUUUUGAUCUGGAUGAAGAACGUGUUGCUCCAAAUCUGAGUUCUAGUUUACAAGCAGUUGAAGCUGCUCAAGGGUUCUCCCAUGGUCGUGGUCGGAUAAUACCUUCACUCUCUAAUGAAAGACAGGAUGGGUUUUUCUAUAGAGAUAAUCACAUGAAUCUGCGAAGGACCGCCCAGGCUGUUCAUGGUCAUAACCAUUUUGGAGUGAAUAAGAAAUAUAGCUCACACAAAACUUUCGAAGUUUCAAGAGAGCUAGUUCAUGGUCCCCGGGCAAACAAAUCGAAUAGUUGUUUGGGCUCAUCAACCAGAAACAACAAUUUGAACCAGUUUGUUCGCCGAGAUAAAUAUAACAAAACAGAUUUUCAGAUUGAAUAUGAAAAUGCCAAGUUCUUCAUGAUAAAGUCAUACAAUGAAGAUGAUGUCCACAAAAGUGUCAAAUACAAUGUGUGGGCAAGUACUCCCAAUGGUAAUAAAAAGCUGGAUGCUGUAUUCUGGGUUGCAGAGAGAUUAAUGAAGAAGGGCUCAAAGUGUCCAAUUUUCCUAUUUUUCUCAGUUAAUGCCAGUGGUCAGUUUGUUGGUUUGGCUGAAAUGAUUGGACCUGUUGAUUUCAACAAGAACCUUGAUUUCUGGCAAAAAGAGACCUGGAAUGGGUUUUUCCCAGUGAAGUGGCACAUCAUAAAGGACAUACCCAACAGACUUUUUCAAAGUAUUAGGCUUGAGAACAAUGACAACAAGGCUGUAACAUUUAGUAAGGAUACUCAGGAGAUAGGGCUGCCACAAGGUUUACAAAUGCUGCACAUAUUCAAGGGCCACCCUCUGGGAACAUCACUACUGGAUGAUUUCGGGUUCUAUGAACAGAGAGAGAAAUCACUCCAGGCCACAAGGAGAAGGAGGCCUGCUGUGAUGGAUGUAGAUUUUGAAUUCUAUGAUGACAGUUGUGGAAAAAUUGGAAGCAGCAGUAAAUGAAAUGAAUGUGACUGGAAAGCCUAGAAAAUCUUGUGAUUUCAUGUGGGUGCCAUCCGGCACCAGAGGACAUUCAAAUCAUUCACAGGCAAGAAAUUGACAUGGCAGAUUCUUGCCCUGAUGGAUGGGUAGGAGAUUUCAAAUUUACUGUUGCUCUCUCUCUCUCUCUCUCUUUUCUGUAUGUAAUAUAUAUAGCAUGCCAUUUACAAACUUCCCGUGGCAGCUUACUGCUUGCAGUUUCUUUUCUCUAUUUGAACUUCGAGAACUGUUUGGCUUCUUCCCAAAGAAGAAUGAGAACUGCUUACAUUGGCAGCAGCAUCCCCAGCAUACAGAUUUAAACUUUUGGAUCUACUUGAGAAGCAGAUUUGCUUAUGUUUAUUUGCAUUGGUACCAAUAUAAAGCACCAAA